AUGGCUGAUUUCUCAACAUCUUCAGCCACCGAGGAGAGGGUCAUCCGUAUGUCAAGCCGGAAACAUGAGGCACCUUCUGACGAUGUGGUUGAACCGUCUGCAAAACGAGAAAGGAAGAAUGCUCCAUAUAUACAUCCAUAUUUCGAAUUACAAAUGGAAGAAUUUGGUAGUUUUAUGGACGAAUCCCGUGAAGGCAUUACUGCUGAGAGUAAAAGGCUUUGUGAUACGCUUCGGAAUUCACCACAGCUACCACCUGAAAAUACCCUAUUCUCUGAUGAUAAGUUUCUUCAAAAGACUCUCUCAAAUACGAGACGUGCAAACAAGUCUAGAGUGGUUCGCGACAUUGCACAGCCCAUUGUUCCCUCAGCUGAGAUAUUAGCUUGUCUCGGAGCCGAUCACUUAAAUAUUCUCCUCGAGACUACCAAUGAAUGUUGGAUCAACUCUCACACUUUUAUCUACCCCUCUGGUUCACGUUCUGGUCUUCGUCCACAACCAGAUUUUAGUCUUGGGUUUAAGCGAUCGGCAUUCAGUUGA